AUGCGACCGCUGCUGAGGGAAAGUGGGCAUCUGCCGUCUCCCCCUGUCGCAGCCUGCGAGCACGCUCCACCUGCCAGUGCGAGUUCGUGGGCCGGUGCCAGUGUCAGCCAGUGCGCCAAGUCCGAAUCUAUCCUCGAGACUCAGGCAAUCCACUCGCCACGUUCCUAUCACCAGCCUGGCUUCUUCGUCCUCCACUCCACUCCGCCUUCAUCAUCUCCUCCUGAAUCCACCAUCAUCCUCAUCCAGAGCUCGCGCACUUCAGCUCCGCACGCCGAGUCUUGA